UCUCCUGAACUUCCAGCGGUCGACUCAAUUGAUUUAACUGAAAGAAUGGAGCUGCACGAAGAUGUUAAAGGACGAUCAUUCUGUGGAUUUUGGCGCAGUUUACCAGAACGCAUUUCCAAAACGGUAGAGCAUUUCUUUUAUCGGCUUGGAGUGCACAUCGCCCAAAAUCCGUUCAAAUGGAUGUUCGGAUGUUUCGUGAUAAUAUUAAUCUGUAUACUAGGCUUGUUUCGUUUCCGACAAGAAAAGAAUCCUAACAAACUCUGGGUUCCAUCAGAUUCUGAUUUUGUGAGGGAUACUGAAUGGUUAUUGUCACAUUAUGAAGAGGCUGUGCGAAUUCAAUCUUUUAUUCUAAUUGGCAAUAAUGUCUUGGAACAACAAACACUUAUUAAGUUAAAUGAAAUCACUAAACAAAUAAUUUCUACUCAAACACAAUUUGAAAACAUUUCUUGGACAGAUGUUUGUAUGAAAAUUCCUGUUAUUUCUGACUACACGCAAAGAAAAAAGAGACAAAGUUCUCCUUUAGAAGAUGAUUUUUUUGAUGAUGAUCUUGUUACAAAAAUUAAUGAAUCUUUAUUUGAACCUGCUGUUCAUGUCAAUACUAAAUUAUAUUGUAGCAUAUUUGAUAGUUUACCUAUAGGUUGCCUAAUGUUUAGUAUCUUGGAUAUAUGGAAUUUUGACAAUGCCAAAAUUGAAAAAGAUUCCCCAGAAGAAAUUAUCACUAAAAUAAAUACAAUAAAUGUGAGUUCUACGUUGGGACAUCCCAUGAAUUUUAAUGAACUUCUAGGAGAUGUAACUCUGGAUGAAAAAGGUAGAAUUAUUGCUGCAACGGCUGUACGGACAGAUCUGAUGGUUCAUGUUAAUUUUCUCAAUGUGAACAUGGAUAAAAUUGGGAACAUGGCAGGGACUGCUGAUUGGGCAACAGAUGAUGUAUUAAAAUGGGAAGCAGCUUAUUUAAAACAUGCAGAAAAUCUAUCGAACAAACUGCAAAGCAAAAAAAGUGGGAAUAAUUCUUUAACACUUUAUUAUGAAGCUAGCAGAAGUUUUGGAGAUAUUAGUGGAACAUCUAUUUUUCAAGAUAUAGAUAAAUUAAUAAUCGGAAUUUUCUUAAUGUUUUUAUAUGUUUUAACGAUUCUGUCGAAUUAUAAUUGGGUAGAAUGGAAAUUUUGUCUUACUAGUACCGGUCUUUUAUGUGUGGGUGGUGCAUUUAUACUCGCGGUAGGAGUAUGCUCUCUGAUCGGCAUCCCAUAUGGUCCAGUGCAUACGUCAUUACCAUUUUUACUCUUAGGUCUGGGGAUAGAUGACAUUUUUGUAAUUAAUGCAUCUUGGAAACAGAUCCAUACUGAUGAAUUAAAUUUAAAUAAACCACUAACAGAAAGAAUCGGACUUACUUUAGGUCAUGCUGGUUCUGCUAUCAGUCUUACCUCGCUUACUGACGUUGUGGCAUUCAUCAUUGGUGCUUCUACAAUAUUACCAUCGCUUCAAUCAUUUUGUAUCUACGCUGCAGUGGGAGUAUUUGUAACAUUUUUAUUACAAAUUACAUUUUUUAUUGUGUUUACUUUGGAUGCUAGAAGAAUAGAACGAAAAAGAAAUGGAGCCUUACCGUGUAUUGUGCACGAAAAUUUUGUGCCCAAAAUGCUGGACCCUAGCAAUGCAAUCUCUUGGAAAUUUAUAAAUUUUUUGUACUCGCGCAUAAUAUUGACUACGCAUGGAAAAAUUAUUAUAAUAUUAGUGACACUUGUAACGAUGUCUAUAAGUAUCAUGGGCUCGCUUCAGCUGGAACAAUGGUUUGAUCCAAAAUGGUUGUUGCCGAAAGAAUCAUACUUGAGUCAAUAUAUAACCAUUCGAAAUCAAGCAUUUCCCGAUCAAGGGUUUGAGGCCUUCGUUCUUAUGGGAGACGAUAUUGAUUAUUCCUCUGAAUUUUCUAAAAUAAUAUUUUUGACCGAACGCCUACAGAACACAUCUUUUAUACAAAAUAUAGAACCUUGGCCGAUUGACUUUGAAAAAUUCGUAUCGAUGUAUUAUGACACAGAUUUAAAAACUACAAAAAUCGCAGACGAUGACUUCCAUCAUUAUCUAUCGAAAUUUCUUGUUAGUCGAGUUGGCGGGAAAUAUCAGAGAAAUUUUCUCUUCAAAGAAAAAUUCAAAUGUGGUAGAAAAGCCCCACGAAUCAUAGCAGCAACUAUUGACUUCAAGUUCAAGCGAUUUAUGACUCCUUAUGAAUGGAUUCCAGCGAUGGACGACAGUAAGCAUUUAACAAACGAAGCACAACUUCAUGGAUAUGUGACAGUCUGGUGCAAAAUGUUCGGACCGUGGAUAACUGAUAAAUUAAUCGCUCAAGAGGUUUUGCGAAACCUUAUUCUGGCAUUGAUCUGUGUCAUGGGUACUACAGCGAUUCUCAUUGCCGAAGUACAGACUUGUUGUUGGAUCUUACUCUGUGUACUUCUCACGCUGGUAAAUGUUUGCGGCUUCAUGUAUUUUUGGGGACUAACAAUAGACAUAGUGUCUUGUAUCGGUCUUGAGCUAGCCGUUGGUUUAAGUGUAGAUUAUGCCGCACAUGUCGCACACGCUUUUCUGAAUGCCGAAUCACAAGAAGAUAAUGAUACUCGCAGAACUCGAGCAUUGGUCGCAGUUAGGCAUAUCGGCGCGGCUGUUGCGUAUGGCGCAGGUUCAACAUUGCUCGCUGUUUCAAUGCUGGCACUCUCGACAUCCUAUGUGUUUAUAGCUUUUUUCCGAAUAUUUUUCCUGGUAAUUUUAUUCGGACUUUGGCAUGGGUUGAUUCUGCUACCAGUCAUCUUAAGCACUAUUGGGCCGCGAAGUUUACGCGUGAUGCAACAAUCACAACCGAUGUCCGAGAAGGCCAUUGCUGUAACUGAUGAUGAUGAAAAUUGAAACGGAAAUACAAACAGUUUGCUCAGGCAACCCUCUUUCUUUAUCAAUAAUAUUUAUUUUUGGUUCAAUAAACAUACAAAAUUAUUACACUAUCCGUACUAUUAAUCACACAUUUAUACAAAAA